AUGUGGCCAUCACCAAAGAACGCCUUUCUCCUCCUGCUCGCCCACUCCCUGGUCGUCAGUGGUUCCCCUAUUGACGUUGAGGAAGCCGAGGCGGCUGUUCUCGCCAAGCGCCAAUGCCCCCAGAUCCACGUCUUCGGUGCCCGUGAGACCACUGUCGCUCCCGGCUUCGGCACCGCCGGUCAGGUUGUCAACCUCAUUCUGCAGGCCUUCCCCGGUGCCACCAGCGAGGCGAUCCAGUAUCCUGCUUGCGGCGGUCAGGCCAGCUGCGGCGGUGUACAGUAUGGCGAGUCUGCUCGUCAAGGCACCAACGCCGUCGCCACGGCUGUGAACAACUUCCACACCCGCUGCCCCAACACUCAGAUCGUCUUGGUUGGCUACUCCCAAGGUGGUCAGAUCAUGGACAACGCCGUCUGCGGUGGGCCGGAUGCUGGCUCCAACAUCAACACCACCACCCCUCCCAUCUCCGCCAGCGCGCUCAACCAGGUCAAGGCGGCCAUCUUUAUGGGCUCUCCCAGAUAUGUUGCAGGUCUUUCUUACAACGUCGGCACAUGCCAAGCUCAGGGUUUCGCCGCCCGCGCCCGCGGCUACGUCUGUGGCUCCAACUCGGCCAGCAAGAUCCAAAACUACUGCGACAGCGUCGACCCCUACUGCUGCACCGGCAAUGACCAGCAGGCUCACCAGGCCUACGGCACCAAGUACGGACAGCAAGCCCUCACCUUUGUCCGCGCGAGGCUGAACCAGUCCGGCGGCGGCACCACUCCCACCAACCCUACCACUCCCGUCACGCCUCAGCCCACACAACCCAGCAACCCGGGCGGCAACUGCGCGGCUCUUUGGGGACAGUGCGGUGGCAGCGGGUGGAACGGACCAACGUGCUGCAGCCAGGGGACGUGCCGUGCUUCUAACCAGUGGUAUUCCCAGUGCUUGAACUAGGUGCAGGUCGAAGGGGGGAUGAUUCGUGUAAAUAGUUAUGAGAAAAUGUAAAUAUUGAUGCUCAUUGUGUUUAUUGGCUUUGUGACCGAUAGCGGGGACGAAAAGGGGUUGUAUGCACAAAAGUGGAAUGAUGCAUAGGACGUGUAGAACAAAGCAAUG